CCACUCUCUGCUCCUUUCCCUCCGGAGCAGCAGCGGGACCUGCUGGAGCAGCCUCAGGUAGCCUUGGAGGCUGAGAAACCACCCGAAUCCUGAUCCUGGGGAGAGAAAAUCCAUGGGGACUGGAAUGAGCAAGAUUGUCACCGGCCUCUACCUGGGGAAUAUUCAUGACUCUGAGGACCAUGAGAACCUGCUGAGCAAGGGGGUGACCCACAUCCUGUCCGUGCACAACCGCGCCAAGCCCGUGCUGGAGGACAUGACCUAUCUGUGUAUCUCGGCCUCGGAUUCAUCCAGUCAGAACCUGCUGCAGCAUUUUAAGGAGUGCAUCCAGUUCAUCCACGAGUGCCGGCUUGGAGGGGGAGGCUGCCUGGUGCACUGCCUGGCCGGGGUGUCCCGCAGCAGCACGGUGCUGGUGGCAUACCUGAUGACAGUGACAGAGCUGGGCUGGCAGAGCUGCCUGGCUGCCACCAGGGCCGUGCGUUCCUACGCCAGCCCCAACCCCGGCUUCCAGCAGCAGCUGCAGGAGUACGAGAGCACGCUGCUCCACGAGUACCGCGCCUGGAUCCUCCGGGAAUACGGCAGGAACCCCUUCCAGGACCAGGAGGAGCUGCAGCGCCUGCUGGAGCAGCAGCAGGGCAGCAGGGAUUGCUCCUGGCCCCGCUCCCCGGCUCCCUCCUUGUCCCCUCCCUGCCGCACCGCUGGCACCGCCGCUGGCAGCAGAUGCACGAGCAGAUAACCAGCCAGGCUGUCCCCGGGCUUGGAAAACUCAGUUUUCCCUUUGCCAAGCACCUCCAGGGAUUCGUGGCUAGGGCACAAAGCUGCCAGCACCAGCCUGGGCUCCAGGGGGGACAGGAGCCACAGAUCCCCCUGGCAGCUGCCAGCUCCAGGGAAAGGGUGGCAGUGCCCUGCUCUGUCCCAUGCCCCAUUCCCAAUGGAUCACAGCCCCCUCUCCACCCUCAGAGCAGCAGCCAGCCCCGUCCCUCUCUCCUCAUGACAAUAUCUGGGCUGGCAGGGCACGGGAAAGGUGGUGCAGGCCUUGGGAAUGAAUCCAAGGUGGGAGGAGAUGGAGAGGGGCCACCUUGUCCUCUGCUUCCCUGAGGAAGGAGGAGUGAAUCCUGGGAUGUGGGGGUGCUCUGAGCCUCGGCUGGCAGCCAGUGGGGUGGGGAGGGGGGCUGGAGGUGUUUUGGGGCUGCCCCUCGCUGUGCAUGUCCCUGGCAGGUGAAUAUCAGCCUCAGGGAUAAGGGGAAAGGUAAACCCAAAUUUACCUUUUAUCUGGAAUUUUCCUUAUCCCAACUCCAGGGAUAAUGGGAAAAGUAAACCCAGAUUUACCUUUUAUCUGGGGUUUUCCUUAUCCCAGCCCCAGGGAGGGGGGAAAUCCAGCAGUGCCUCUCCUACUGCCUCCAUCCCUGGAGCCAGAGUGGGUUUGGGAUUUCCCUGAGCCCCAUCUGAAUGUCCCUGCUUGCCAAAGAAACCAAAAGCUUGGUUGGAUUCACUUAACCCAUGGACCAACUUAACACUGUCCUUCUCCAAAAGCCUUUUUAAUACCUAAACCCUGUGCCCGUGUCCAGUUUUUCAUCCCAAGCUCGGAUUGUGCUUUUCCAGAGCUUUCUUUGGCAGGAAUCCCCCUUACAAGGGGGGUCCCAUCCCAUGGAUUCAGCCCUUCCACUUGGAAACCUUCAACCCUUCCGUGCCAUCUCGGCCUUUUACUAUAAUUACCCUGUUUGUCCUCUCAAAAAAAUGUCUUUUCUGCAAUUCCUUCUAAGAAAAACGGGAUUCAAAACAUUUCUAGGAAUUGUCUUGAUGAAGAUUUUUGGGUACUCAUCGUGUGACAGCACCAGGGGUGACUCACUCAGCUCCUAAUAAAGAAAAAAGUGAUUAAA